UAAGUUCAUAUGUUAAAUAAAUAAUUCUAAAAAUAUUUCUAUUUUAUUAAGAAUGAUUACGAGGUGUUUAGAUUAACAGUUCAUGCUUUAUGUAAGUUUUUGUUAGGAAAUGUUGUCGGUAAAUUCUACUUCCGGUUCCGGCCGUGCACUUCCGGUCUGGCAGCGGACUAACGGUUUUACGUUUUUUAUUGCCGUUAAACAAGAGAACAUACCUGAAGUAAUCUGAUCGGAUGCUUACCACACUGAAUUAUCAGGCAGGAACGCCUUUUCACCACACAUGUUAUGAAGACAAUUAAACAAGCUGCAACUAAUCUCCAGGGUCUUCAUUUCGCGGUUUAACUCAGUGUCACCAACACCCUUGUUGAAAACACUAGAGUGAAAAGGCGCCAACUGACGAUUCAUCACGGUCAAAAUGGCAUCCACCAGCAAGUCGGCACGCAGCCUUAGGACCAGUCGCUCAUCUGGAUCAGCGGUAAGUGCCGCCCAUGCUCGAGCUAAAGCGGAGGCUGCUAAGGUCAGAGCAUCCUAUGCAACUAAGGAAGCACAAUUGAAAGUUGAGAAAGCGCAAAGCGAACUGGAAAAGGCUAAAAUAGAGGCAAAGUUAGAAGUGUUAACAUUACAAAAAGAAGCCGAUGCUGCAGUAGCUGAAGCACAAGUACUAGAGGAAGCUGAGGCAAUGCAAGAGGAGUCUGAGAGCAAAAAACCUUCAUCAGAAGAAGCUAAAUUAGAACGUACAAGUGAAUACGUACAGUCUCAGAUGGACCUCGUUCAAUCUCCACAUCCUCAAGAAUUACUAAACACCCCUCGUCUACAAGUUAGCUCACCUAACACAUUUGUAACGUGGCAUCCACCCGACGAUAGCAAUUUAGAGCCACAGCCCAUCAUCUGUGAACGAAAGCUUACUAAAGACAAUGUUGCUGCCCUAAAUAUGCCCAAUCAACCCAGAGAUGAAACCAAAUUUAAGUUGGAGAAACCAAACACCUCUCUCAACCCGAUCUGCUCACCAUUCACGCCUCGCCCUAACAUCCCAUCCAGCAUCUCACAUCCAGUUGAGCCAUUUGCCCAAUACAUGGCACGACGAGAUCUAAUCACUUCAGGCCUUUACCAGUUCGACGACAAACCAGAGAAUUAUAGAGCAUGGUACUCUUCAUUCACCAGUGCAACAGGUGAGGUCCAACUAAGUCCCAUUCAAGAGCUAGAUCUCAUGACAAAGUGGUUAGGAAAAGAGUCAAGCGAUCAGGUGAAACGCAUACGCUCAGUACACGACAACAGUUGGGUCGCCCCACUUCCAUUUAAAGAACCUCGCCAGCAACUGCCAAACAACAGAGAGCGGGCAAUCACGAGAUUCUUGUCCUUAAAACGCAACCUAAACAGGAAGCCCAAAAUGCAGGAGCAAUAUGUGGCUUUCAUGGGAGAGAUUUUCUCUAAUGGUCACGCUGAGGUGGCACCCCCACUAAAACAGGAAGAGGAGUGCUGGUACCUUCCAACCUUUGGAGUUUACCACCCAAGGAAACCCAAUCAGAUCAGGGUUGUUUUCGACUCCAGCGCCCAGUACUCUGGUGUCUCACUUAACAACGUCCUCCUUACUGGCCCUGAUCUAAAUAACACACUCCUUGGAGUUCUUCUCCGCUUCCGGACAGAAAGUGUUGCGAUCAUGGCAGAUAUAAAGCAAAUGUUUCACUGCUUCGUGGUGCGUGAGGACCAUCGUAACUUCCUCCGUUUUCUCUGGCACAGGGACAAUGAUAUAAAUAAGGAAGUUAUCGACUAUCGCAUGAAAGUCCAUGUAUUUGGCAACUCACCGUCUCCUGCUGUUGCUGUUUACGGACUACGCAGGGCCAUCAGAGCAGGUGCAAAGGACUAUGGAGCAGAUACUGUCAAGUUUGUGGAGAGGCACUUUUACGUUGACGAUGGCUUGAUCUCCGUUCCCUCUCCCGCCGAGGCUAUAGACUUGCUUCAGAGAACACAAGCCUCACUCGCUGAAUCCAACCUGCGCCUGCAUAAGUUUGUUUCUAACUCGCAGGCAGUCAUGCAGGCCUUCUGCCCUGAAGAUUGUGCACCAGUCAUUAAAGACUUGGAUUUAAGUGGUGAAGAAACACAAUCCCAGCGAAGCCUUGGGCUCAUUUGGGAAAUAACAACAGACACAUUCACUUACUCAGUAGCCGACACAGACAAACCAUUUACUCGGCGUGGCAUACUGUCAGCCGUCAAUAGUGUCUUUGAUCCCCUGGGCCUAUUGGCACCUGUCACAAUCCAAGGAAGAGCUCUGCUCAGAGAGCUCAGUUCAGAAUGUUCAGAUUGGGACACACCCCUUCCUGAGGACAAGCAAAGCAAGUGGGAAAUGUGGAGAAAUUCCCUUCAGGACCUAAAAGAACUACACGUCCCUAGAACCUACACAUCUACCUCACUCAGUCAAGCAACGCACAAAGAACUGUGUUUAUUCUCAGACGCGUCAACUAUGGCCAUAGGAGCUGUAGCCUAUUUAAAGGCAGUCCAAAGAGAUGGCGAAGUUGAGGUCGGAUUCAUAAUGGGCAAGGCAAAGCUUGCUCCAUUGUCAAAACUGACUAUACCAAGACUUGAACUGUGUGCAGCUGUCUUGGCGGUAGAAAUGGCUGAUCUCAUUCAGGAUGAGUUGGACUUGCACUUUGACGCAGUACACUUUUAUACGGACAGUAAGGUUGUACUGGGCUACAUCUGUAAUGAGUCUAAGAGAUUCUACCAGUAUGUCCACAACAGGGCACAGCGCAUUCGCCAGUCUUCAAAGCAGAACAAUGGCACUACGUGCGCACAGAGGAAAACCCAGCAGACCACGCAUUGAGGUCGUUGUCAGCAGCUCAGCUAAAAAAGUCCACCUGGUUUACCGGACCAUCCUUCAUCCACCAUUCUCCUGCAGAGAAAACUCAAAUAAGUGGAAUGUUUGAGUUAAUUGAACCUGAAAAGGACUCAGAAAUUAGGCCACAAAUCAGAACACAUGCCACUCACCUCCAAGUACCCAGCAGUAAGCGUUUUGAGCACUUUUCCACGUUUAAGUCCUUAGUCAGAGCAAUAGCAAAUCUUAUCCACAUCGCAAAAUCUUUCAAUAGGACCAAUCCGAACAGUAAAUGCAAAGGCUGGCACAAAUGUCACCUGCCUCUUACUCCAGAGGAGCUAUCGCAAGCAAAAACCAUCAUCCUCAAAGAGGCACAAAAGGCCCAUUUUGGAAAAGAACUUUCUGCCCUUAAUGCUUGCAAGCCGAUCUCAAAGCAGAGCCCUCUACAAAAGCUCAGCCCAAUCCUACAGGAUGGUCUCAUUUCUGUUGGAGGCCGACUUAAACACUCACAGAUUGAGAACUUCGAAAAGAGCCCUGUAAUUCUCCCCAAAGACAGUCACAUUUCCCUUCUGCUCACUCGUCAUCACCACGAGCGAACAGAGCAUCAAGGCCGUCAUCUGACGGAAGGAGCAAUCAGGGCUGCUGGACUGUGGCUUUUAGGUGGCAAAAGACUGAUCAACUCAGUAAUCCACAAAUGUUUAACCUGCCGCAAACUGCGUGGAAAACAAGAACAGCAACUUAUGGCGGCCCUGCCACCUGAACACCUAAA